GGCGGCGAGAAUCCAGAGGGCUCGUUUGUCCAGCGUCUCGAGAAGCGUCGCCGGCUCGAGGCGCGAACGCCCCGCUACGACCUCAUCUCCAGCAUCCCGCCGACCUCGAACAAGGUCGAGCGGUUUUCAGCGUGGCGCGUACCACGUUUGCUCAAGAGCGCAACAGUCUCCAACGGCGGCGAGAAUCCAGAGGGCUCGUUUGUCCAGCGUCUCGAGAAGCGUCGCCGGCUCGAGGCGCGAACGCCCCGCUACGACCUCAUCUCCAGCAUCCCGCCGACCUCGAACAAGGUCGAGCGGUUUUCAGCGUGGCGCGUACCACGUUUGCUCAAGAGCGCAACAGUCUCCAACGGCGGCGAGGAUCCAGAGGGCUCGUUUGUCCAGCGUCUCGAGAAGCGUCGCCGGCUCGAGGCGCGAACGCCCCGCUACGACCUCAUCUCCAGCAUCCCGCCGACCUCGAACAAGGUCGAGCGGUUUUCAGCGUGGCGCGUACCACGUUUGCUCAAGAGCGCAACAGUCUCCAACGGCGGCGAGGAUCCAGAGGGCUCGUUUGUCCAGCGUCUCGAGAAGCGUCGCCGGCUCGAGGCGCGAACGCCCCGCUACGACCUCAUCUCCAGCAUCCCGCCGACCUCGAACAAGAAUGGUGACUUCUGGGACGUUUCGACAGUCGAUAGCGUCAAUUAG